AUGGCCAUUCAACGCAUUCUUAGACGCUCUUUAUCGUCUGAGAAAAGAUCGAACGAAAAAGGAGUCGAGGUCCCAAAAGGACACUUUGCUGUUUAUGUUGGGGAAAAUGAAAAGAAGAGAUUUGUUAUCCCGGUUUCGUACUUGAACCACCCUUCGUUUCAAGAGUUGCUUUUUCAAGCCGAAGAAGAAUUUGGUUUCAAUCAUCCUAUGGGAGGCCUAACUAUUCCGUGCAGUCAAGAUUUGUUCAUUGAUCUUACAUCCCAGUUUGAGAAAAUGCUGUCUUGCGACGGGCAUUGCGGGCCAAUCCAAGCGGGCCACGGAGUAGGGCGGGUUGGCCCGUCAAUUAUUAAAAAUAUUACCAAAUUCCCAACUCCUCAUUCUCAUUCCCUAAUCGCCCAAACUCCACCAAACCAAAAAUUGCUCCGCCUGUUCUCCUCCCUCCACCCUCGUCGUGUGCCGCCUUCGGACACUCACUCGCCGGCCCCCGCGCUAAUCCCAGUCGCGCCCCACCUCCACAACUCUCAGUCUCUCAGUCUCUCAGUCGCCGGCCCUUUGCCAUUUCGAACGGUUCAUCGCGGCGGGAUUUCAGACUUAUCUCGGCCGCACCGCGCCUUCGCCAUUUUAGACGACUCGAAGGUCUACAUUCCUCUCGUUAGACGAGUUUACCGGCGGCUUACAAGGUACUCGGUGACUUGUGACUUUCACACUCCUUCCUAUGGUCUCUGA